AUCAUCACCUUGAGACGGUGGCUAGAAAUUGGCCUUUCAGGCUCGCUGUGCCUCUAAAUGAACCGUUAGACGAUUGAAGCAGGCAGAUUGCACUAAAAGUUCCGAACAGCGGAUGUUGCCCCUAGCCGGCUUGCACUCGACAUCAUUAACCAUCCCUUUACGUUUCUUUCAUCCGUUCGAUAUGGUUGCAGAUGACGUUACUCCAUCACAUCAACGUCUCAGUGACCACGACAGCUCUACAAUAGACGCAAUGAGUCAUACGUCUGAUGAUGUGCCGCAAGGUGCCCAAGGAGAUGGUCAGAAGCAAUUCUAUAUCUUUGGUCAUAACAUCUCGCACUCUCUAUCUCCAACACUUCACAACGCCGGCUUCAAAGCCGUCAGCCUAUCGCAUCACUACCAAAUUCACGAAAGCGAAAAUGUUGAUGAGUCAGUCGAGCGCAUAGUUCGCCGGCCAGACUUUGGUGGUGCAUCUGUCACGUUUCCGCAUAAGCUACAGAUCGGCAAAUUCCUAGACUCAGUCUCUCCAAGAGGAGAGAACAUUGGAGCUAUCAAUACCGUCGUUGUUCUCGAGUUCAAUGGGUCAAGAGUGCUUCAUGGAGACAACACAGAUUGGAUCGGCAUCAAGAGAUGUGUUGAGAAGUCAGGAACUCGAGAGUUUGCAUCAUCGUCAGCUCUGGUGCUAGGUGCUGGAGGUGCUGCUAGAGCGGCAUGCUACGCUGUACAGACACUGGGCUUUGGGGAGCUCAUAAUCGUCAACAGGACCGUGAGCAAAGCCGAGGAUCUCGCAUCACGAUUCCCUGACCUAAAGACCCGCGCACUCUCAACAUUGGAGGAGGCAGCUAUUGCGAAGGAAGCUCAGAUCAGACUGAUAGUUGCCUGCGUGCCAGCUGACGAUCUGGGAGCUGAGAAGAUCCCUAGUGGCUUGUUCUCAGGAACUAGUGAUGGGGUACUGGUAGAGAUGGCAUAUAGGCCUCAGGUGACGGGGAUGAUGACAGUUGCUGAGGAAUAUCCUGGUUGGAAAGUGUACAGGGGGGUUGAUGUGUUGGAAGAGCAGGCAUAUGCCCAGUUUGAGUUGUGGACUGGAAGAGAGGCUCCGGUUGAGGCCAUGAGAGCUGCUAUGCAGGCGAAGUUGAAGGAGAAGAUAUGAGGCAUUUUCUCA